AUGCAAUGGUCAGGAUGCGAAGAAAAUUUGGUAUCUCCCCCCGUUUUUUGUUAUCAUAAGAUGAUAAAAUUGCAUAAAAGGGUUUCUUUUUUUAAAAGGCAUAAGAUACAUUUGAUCAUCUUUGCUGCAAUUUUAUCAUCGAUCUUAUUAGCUUUCAUUUCAUACUAUGAAUCUAAAUUUCCGACCAAUAUUCGAGGAUUUCAUCCUUGUUAUUCGAUUAAAUCUAUUCAAUCACAGAAUAACACAAUCAAAAUAUCAUAUCACGAGAACAUACCAAUCAAAUUUUAUCCAUAUCUAAAGGAUUAUUACGGAUUUGAGACUUAUGCAUUUGAUCAAUUACUUAUAUUUCCAAAUUAUGCAACAAAUCAAGAUUACUUAGGCGAAGAUAAGUUAUUUUUGUCAAUAGAUCUUCCAUUUAUUCAAGAUUACGAUGGAAAAUUAUAUUGUAAGACUCCUGAUUUCAAUCAGAAGCCAUCAUUACUCCAUCUGAAGAGUAAUAUACCUGAAUCUGAGAAUGAUUUUGAUGUCAAGUUGAGCAAAAUUGAAUUUUCAAAAUCAAACUAUUCUCAAGCAAAAUGCUUCGGUUCAUCCUUUGAAACAAGAUAUUGUGAAUUCAGAAACACUGCCUUAUUGAAUGGCUUCCUUGUUUUUUUCUCAAAAGCAAAAUACAACUUUCCGCAUCCAUUUAUGACAAUUGAUGGUCGAUCUCCACCUUUUAGCUCAGUAUCUGCAGCUCUCGAUCAAGAACCCGUUGUUUUGAACUCAUCAGUUCAAGAAUUCAAUGAAAAUUUUGAAAUUAUCGAAAAAGAUUCAAUUUUGAUCUCUUUAUUUAAUGAUUCGACAUCACUAUGGAAUACCCUUACUAGUUUAUCUCUUCCUUUCAUUUCAAGUUAUGAAACUUUGAAAAUAACAAAAGAUAUUUUGAUUUUCAUCAGAAAUGCAGAAUCCUCCAACGAAAUAGUUUCUGUACUCUCUGACAACAAAAUCAGACAUUUACAAAAGUAUCCAAAAGAAAAAUAUUUAUUCAAAAGGUUAAUUGUUGGAUAUCCAACGUUUGAAGAGGAUCCAUCGUAUUCUAGGAAUCCAGAUGAAGAGAAUAGAGUUGUUUUCAACUUCAAUAGAUCAUUUAUUGAUAAAUUUAAAAAUCAAAUCUUUGAAAAAUACAAAAUUCCAAAACCAGAUCGUAAAGAUGGUUUGUUAGAUAUAGUACUAUUGAAUAGUUCGAAUAAUAAUAGUUCAAUUCUUAAUUUGGAUGAUAUUGAACAAUAUAUUAGGACAAGUUGUGAUUUUUGCAACUUACAUAGAGUAGACUUCAAGAAUCUUGACCUAACUCAACGAAUUAACCUUUCUAUAUCUUCAAAUAUAUUUAUUGGUGCAGAAAGUGAUGAAAUUGCAAAUUCUUUUUGGAUGAUUUCUGAAGAAAAGAAAAAGAAACCUGUAAUAAUAGAAUUGCAGCCUUUUGGGAUGACAUGUUCACGAAUUGCAAAAGAGAUUUCUAAGUUUUGUGAUUUCGAGUACUUCAAUUUACAAGGAGUUAAACUUGAAGCGCUAAAUAUUAGUAGUAGCAAAGCAGCUCAACUAAAUUCGUGUCAAAAUAAUGCAGAACUAUGUUAUACCAAUAAUUGUUACAAAUUAUUGUACCAACAAGAUAUUAAGGUCGAGAUAAGUGAGUUUGCCGCUGUGUUUGAUCAAAUUAUUAAGGAAUUCUAUGAUAAUUCUAUAGAAUAUUAA